AUGAGCGUAGGCCCUUACGAGACUAUCGACUUUGGUCAACUUGCUGAGGCUUUCCCACCACUCAAACCCUUCUUGUUCAAGAACACGGGCGGAAGAUAUAGUUUAAACUUUAAAGACGACGCUGCAAACCGGACCUUGACACGGGCACUUUUGAAGCGCGAUUUUGGCCUGGACGUAACCCUGCUCGAAGAUCGUCUAUGUCCACCUGUCCCAAAUAGAUUGAACUAUGUACUAUGGAUAUCUGAGGUCGUGAAGGCUAUCUCUCCGGACGAACCUAUUAUCGGACUCGACGUGUAA